AUGCUAUCUUUUUGUGUAUCGAUCUUUUCUGUUUGUUAUUUCACUGUUUUUUCAACUAUCAUCUAUCUAUCUAUCUAUCUAUCUAUCUAUCUAUCUAUCUCAGUCUGCUUUUUCUGUUCAGAUUAUCUAUCUAUCUAUCUAUCUAUCUAUCUAUCUAUCUAUCUAUCUAUCUAUCUAUCUCAGUCUGUUCAAAUCUAUCUAUCUCUCUAUCUAUCUCAGUCUGUUCAGAUUAUCUAUCUAUCUAUCUAUCUAUCUCAGUCUGUUCAGAUCUAUCUCUCUAUCUAUCUCAGUCUGUUCAGAUCUAUCUAUCUAUCUAUCUUCCACUCCGCCCACAAAAUAUCGGAAAUAUUUCCACCUUCUUUGAAUUUUAAUCUGUUUUCCCUUAAUAACAAACGUGAAUAUUGGCGCAAGCGCGGACAUAGACAUCAUCUCUCUCUCUCUCUCUCUCUCUCUCUCUCUCUCUCUCUCUCUCUCUCUCUCUCUCUGUAA